GAGUUCACUUGAUGUGGGAUACGGAGUGGGAUCUGCAGCAGAGCGGGAUCAGGUAGCACAUAUACCAGGAAAGUGUGAGACAUGGAAGAGGACAGACUGCUAUGACUCCAGAAUGAGCUGCGAGGAAGUGAUUAUGUGAUCCAAUCGGACCCUGCAGACCCUCUCUUUCCAAUCUCUGCUCUCUUUCUGAUCUACCUGACCUCAAUCAACACCUUGAGGGAUUUGACAGCAGGAGUGAUUGUGAUGGUCUCUCUGAGUGGAGACGGAGACAUGCAGGAGCGCUGCAGCUGUCCACUCUCACGCCUCAGGAGGAUGGAGGGGCUCUACCCGUAACAGAGGAACAACAUGAGGCGGUUUGGCUGAAAGCUCCGGGAGAACUGGAUCCAGAAUCACCUGCACUCAAGGAAACAACGAUUGUGCCUCAGCUCUCGAUUCCAGUCGACGUCGAGUUCACGGCGCCGUGCAUUUCCCGUGAGCGUGGUCUGUAUGAGCUGGGCUGAUAGUGUGAAGCCACGUGCCCCACUGAGGCAUGAGUGUGGGAAGGGCCCACCACCACAGCUUCGUGUCCUGUGAAGAACAAGGCCUGAGACUGGGGACCAUGCCCGCCGUGGGCAACUUUGGCAAUUGCAAGAUUCACACAAGACGCAAAUGCCAUGGGCGGUUUGUCACCAAGAGCGGCCAUUGCAACAUCCAUUCCUCAAACAUGGAUGAGAAGUCGCAGCGAUUCAUAUCGGACAUUUUCACAACUUGUGUGGACAUUCGCUGGCGGUACAUGUUCCUGCUGUUCAGCCUGGUGUUUGUGGUGUCCUGGUUAACAUUCGGCUUGGCAUUCUGGGUAAUUGGCCUCCUGCAUGGGGACAUGGACCAUCCCGCAGGGGACGACAGUUUUGUUCCUUGUGUCCUGCAGGUCAACACCUUUGUGGCAGCUUUCCUGUUCUCUAUUGAGACCCAGACGACCAUUGGGUAUGGCGCUCGUUGUGUGACGGAGGAAUGCCCCGCCGCCGUCUUCAUGGUGGUCUUUCAGUCCAUCAUGGGCUGCAUCAUCGAUGCCUUCAUGAUUGGUGCUAUCAUGGCCAAGAUGGCGAGGCCAAAGAAGCGCGCCGAGACCCUUCUGUUCAGCCACCACGCAGUCAUCGCUCUACGUGACGGGAAGCUGUGCCUCUUGUUCCGAGUCGCUAACCUGAGGAAGAGCCACAUCGUGGAGGCUCAUGUGCGCGCCCAGCUCGUCAAGCACCGGUACACAGUGGAGGGCGAGUACAUCCCCCUGGAUCAGAUCGACAUGAACGUGGGCUACGACAAAGGCACAGACCGCCUUUUCCUGGUCGCACCCCUCACGGUCAUACAUGAGAUCGAUGAAGAGAGUCCACUGUUUGGCAUAAGUAAGCAGGAUCUGGAGACGUCUGACUUUGAGAUAGUGAUCAUACUGGAGGGGAUGGUGGAGGCCACGGCCAUGACGACGCAGGCGCGCUCCUCCUACCUGUCCUCUGAGAUUUUGUGGGGCCACCGCUUUGAGCCGGUCAUCUUCCAGGAGAAGAACCAGUACCGGAUAGAUUACGCCUACUUCAACAAAACAUUCGAGGUGCCCUCCACCCCGAGAUGCAGCGCCAAGGAAAUGGAGCAGAGGAAAUUCCAGACAUCGGGUGCCAACUCCUUCUGCUAUGAGAACGAGCUGGCCUUCAUCGGCAGGGAUGAGGAGGACGAGGGCGAUGUAGAGAAAGAGGAAGUCAGGAAGUAUUCAUCAGAACUGGUGAAUGAGUCGAUCUCUUCCAGAGGUGAGCAAACGUCCUCUGUUCGAGAAUCAGAGAUCUAACCGUGGGCUGUGGCUUGUUGUGCUUGUUUCUGAAUGCAGGGUAAUGCAGUUGUCAUGUGAAGCGCCCUUUGACUGUCACUCUGCUGACAUGAGGACACCACGGAAGACUUUACUGCUGCAGGUGGAGGAGCCUCAGAACCAAUCUCCAUCAUACAAGCAAGAGGGGACACUCGUCAGUGGAGGAGAUGAGAGUUUGACUUCCCUGACAUGGAUAUUUGAGCUUCAUCAAAUGCAAAGAAAAACUGUUUCACUUUGCAGAUCCUAAAAUUAAAUGCAUGACAAUAGCAUAGUUUUGUAUGAAUAUUUUUGGACCGGUGGUGUUGACACAUACACGAUCUACAGUAUGGAGUGAAACUGAUCCUUUGCAGAUGACAUCGGGAAUAUUCCUCCAGGCCGACAGUGGAUUUAAUCUUAUAUGUGAUAUAACAAUAAGACUAAGUAUUCUACAUCUUACAAUGUCAGGCAACAGCCGGUGUACAACAAUAUGGAUAACAUGUUAUUAUGGAAGACACAUGAGAAGGCAUAAGAAUCAAAUAUAAAACACAUGUAUUCAAAUGGCAUUAUACGAGCAAGUGGUUAUAGUCGUGAACACAUAUGCUUUGAUAUCAGGUGGUUGAGAUGGAUGCGUUUCUGCCGGCGUCUAGAAGCCGAAAGAGGUUAAACCAGGAUGAAAGAAAUUCAGAGAAGUUGAGAAUAUCCACAUUUUCCUCACACAAGGCCUGUUGGAAAAUUCCAAACUGUCCAAUCUUUCAACUCAUCAUCCAAACGAUGCCAUUUUCUGAAAAUGUCCACACACACGUUGGUCCCGAGGUUGUGAUCACAUCGACUCCUCUCGGGAACAAGGCAAACUCAAGGUUAUUACUGUCGGUUAAAAGAGAGAUAAUAAUGUUAGCAGAUUAAUUAUGAGCUGACAACUGGUUAUCUAUCCCUCGAACACUUACUGCGCUAUUUUUUGUCAUGGAGAGAAGAAGGGAAUAAAGACAGCAACCUCCACAAAGGAACAGUGGGAGAAAUCCAAAGCUUCACAGGCCUGCUGUGCAUUGUUACGUUUGUGCUAAACUGUUCUCACACUGUUUCCCGGGGCACAGCGAUCAGCAAACCGCCAACUGAAAUCAAAUUCACUUCUUCUCAGAUGAAAUGUGAUUUCUAAACGUGGUCAUAAAGUCAUCAUCGCGACCAGUUUGAGUCUAAAAAUACCCAAUGACACAAAACGCAUCGUCCACCUUUUAUAUACAGUGCUAUGGUGGAACCUGAGAGGAAAAAACACAGCCAGGAAGGAACACACAUUUCUAUGGUCUGGGAUCAAAGGUAUUUCUGAGCACAAUAUCAGGAAAGUUAAACGAGCUCGGACUCAGAUUUAGAAGCAGCAUAUGACAAUGAAGAUGUCAGGAUAGAUAUUAUUAAUAGGAGAAGUAAUGGAGUUAUUGGGUCAGACUGUGCACCACUGUUUCACGUAUCCCAGCUGAGAUGAAUCAGUUUUCCCAAGCAUUUCAAAGUAAAAGCUCCAUGUGGGUUAUCUAUCACACUGGUCUGCCUUUUCAGCCGAUUUCAACAUGUUUGUAUUAAUAUCUCUUGCUGACUUGUGCUGGAAUUAUCAGAAUAGAGGCUUGUUCCAGAAAACAAGCUCCACCAGGGGUCAGGACCUCACUGCCAAGGGGAAUGAACAACUCUGAUCUGUACAGUUGUCCGGACGUUAUUGUAAAUACAUAUUUUUCUUUGUUUGAUUGACAGAAAUAACAUCCACUGAACUGAAUGACUUUGACCUCCUCUUGCUGUCUUCCGCUCAAUGCAUUUGAAGCAAUCAUGACCUAACCUUCUCCCCUUGUUUGUCGUGUGAGACAACAAUUCUCCUGUUGACUGCCACAAUAAAAUAUAUUUCACAAAGCCAAA